AUGGUCUCCCUUGCCGACAUCCAGCUCAACAACAACUCCCUGCUCACCCCUGGCAGCGGGCCCGCGUGCGCCCUGGUCGGGUGCACAAGCGGAAUCGGGCUGGCGACGCUGCAGGCGGUACUGCGAUCCACGUCGUCGCCCACCAUCUUCCUCGUGGGGCGGGGCGGGUCGGCGCGCUUCGAGGCCCUCGUCGCGGAGGUGCAGGGCCUGAACGCAUCGGCGCACCUCGUCCCCGUCGUCGCCGAGGACCUGACGCUCGUGGCCUGUGCGCAGCGUGCCGCCGCCGAAAUCGCAUCCAAAGCGUCCCGCCUGGAUUUGCUGAUCAUGUCCCCCGGGUACCUGUCCUUGAGUGCCGCGUCCGACGUCUCCCCUGAGGGCCUCGACCGCGUCACGAGUAUUCGCUACCACGCCCGCAUGCGCAUCCUACUCACGCUGCUGCCGCUGCUGCGCGCGGCGCCGUCGCCGCGCGUGCUCAGCGUCUUAGCAGGCGGGAAGGAAGGCGCGUUGAACCUGGUCGAUCUCGGCAUGACGCUUCCCGGUUCAUAUGGCCCGUUCUACGCCGCCGGGGCCGCAGCCGCCAUGACGACGCUGGUCUUCGAACACCUCUCCAAACAGCCCGGGAAUGAGAGGAUCGUCUUCCUGCACGUCUGGCCCGGCGUCGUCUACGGCACGGGCCUUGGCCUCCAAAACUCCAGCGCCCCUGGCAGUAUCAGUACCGUCGUCUCGUUCCUGUGGGACUGGGUCUUCAAGCCCGUAUUUAGGGUCGUAGGCUACAGUCCCGCCGAGACGGGCGAGAGGGUCCUCUUCGCCGCGACGAACGGGCGGUUCCGCCGCGUCCAGGGGGACCCCGAGCGCGCGCGGGGCACCUUGAUCCAGCAGGGCAGCGACGGCCUCUUGGGCAGCGGCGUGUACCUCGUGAACGCCGAUUCGAGCGUCGUUGAGGGCGGUGGCAACAGGGAGCUGAAGAGGUUGAGGAACGAGAUGGACGGCGCGAGGAAGGUAUGGGAGUACACGAUCGCCGAGUUUGAGAGGAUUGAGAGAAUGUGA